GUUGGGGAAGGGGGGAGUCUGUGCGCGGAGAAUGCGCGGAGCCUCGGGCAUCUCCCCCCCGCCCAGGGGUGGCUUUGCGCGCCUUCCUCCUUCCCAAAUCUGCUUCCACCGAGGGGACAACUUCUUCGGGGAACCAUGAAGCGUCACACUUCUGCUGGCAGCUUUCUGCUUCCCCUCUUGCUCCUGGAGCUGGUCUCUCUGGGUCGGGGCAAUCGGCUGCCGUACUUCAUGAACUACUUCUUCGAUACCUACCUGCUGAUCAACGAGGACACUCCUGUGGGCUCCUCGGUGACUCAGCUGUUGGCCCGGGACCUGGACAAUGACCCGCUGGUCUUCGGUGUGGUUGGGGAGGAGGCCAGCAGGUUCUUCGCGGUGGAGAGCAUGACCGGCGUCGUCUGGCUCAGGCAGCCCUUGGACAGAGAGACCAAGUCAGAAUUCACGGUUGAAUUUUCCGUCAGUGACAGCCAAGGGGUGAUCAAAGGGACAGUCAACAUCCAAGUGGGAGACGUGAAUGACAACGCCCCCCAGUUCCACAACCAGCCCUACAGUGUCCGCAUCCCAGAGGUAGGGAUCAUUGCCGCCGCCUCCCCAGGCAGCCUGCCUUCUGGCUCUUCCCUCAGUGGCCACACUUACUGCCUGGUUGCCACCACAGAGCUGGAUGCCCGGCUAGCUGAGGGCCACCAAAAGUUACGGGACUGUCCUCCUACCCUCACUGUGCUCGGAGGGAGGAUUAAACCUCUGGAGGUUGUUGUCUGA